AUGGCGACGCAAAGCUCUCCCGCGGCACUUGCCGCGAACUUUCACAUUGGCCAGAACUACACCGUGGUGGAUGUCAUUGGGGAAGGAGCCUAUGGGGUCGUCUGGUGAGUCAAGCUACCUUGUUAGAGCUCGUCGCUCGUCCCUCGUCCUCGCUCACCGUUGAUGACAUGCUGCAAACCUGCGUACACUCGCUCCGCCUCCAGCUCUGCGAUUCACAACCCAUCUCAGACAAGAGUCGCUAUCAAGAGGAUCACUCCUUUCGAUCAUUCGAUGUUUUGCCUGCGUACGCUUCGAGAGAUCAAGCUGCUCCGGCAUUUUAAUCACGAGAACAUCAUCUCGAUCCUAGACAUGAUCAGACCGGAUGACUACGAGCGCUUCCAGGAGGUGUACCUGAUCCAAGUAAGUAUCUUUUCGUGACGCUUUUGACAAGCGGACACCACUGCAGCUUGGCUUUCCGCUUGGGCGGAUCUUGUCAGAUGCAGCGAAGACGAGCACAUCUUUCGAACUCUGUCCAAAUGCUUAUGUUCACGCCCGUCUGUGCAACAGGAGCUCAUGGAGACGGACAUGCAUCGCGUGAUUCGCACUCAGGAGCUCUCGGACGAUCACUGCCAGUACUUCAUCUAUCAGACUUUGCGCGGUCUCAAAGCCCUGCACAGCGCACAGGUGCUGCAUAGAGACUUGAAGCCAAGCAACUUGCUGCUCAAUGCCAAUUGCGAUCUCAAGAUCUGUGACUUUGGUCUUGCUAGGAGCGCGAACCAGCCCGAGGCACAGGGCACAGGGUUUAUGACUGAAUACGUGGCGACGCGUUGGUACAGAGCACCCGAGAUUAUGCUUACGUGAGUAGAGAGGAGUAACAGCGGGCGAGAGCUCUUGCGCAGAGCAAAUCUCAAGCCGGGAGCGGAUCUGAUUCAUUCGUGCAUCUGCGGGCGAUCGGACAGCUUCAAGGAGUACACAAAGGCAAUCGACAUCUGGUCUGUAGGGUGCAUUCUUGCCGAAAUGCUGUCGGGCAAGCCUCUCUUCCCUGGGCGUGACUGUGAGUUCCACCAAGCAUGGCGCAGGCCGCAAGCGCUUCUGCAUGCUGACUGGCAUCCAACUGCAAUGUGCUUGUAGACCACCACCAGCUCUCCCUCACCCUCGAGAUAUUGGGCACGCCUUCUCUCGACGAUUUCUACGCGAUCACUUCCACUCGUUCCAGAGACUACAUCCGGGCGUUGCCGUUUAGGAAGAGACGCGACUUUUCCAAGAUGUUCCCUCAGGCGAACCCGCUGGCUGUGGACUUGUGAGUCUAGAAGGGAAAGGUUUGAGAUUGUCUCAAGGGGUUGAGCUUAUCACUUGUCCCUUGUCGUCUCCGUCUUGUUUGGCUGCAGGAUGGUGAGUAUUUUCUGGGAGGUAGCCGGGUGGGCUUGAUCCUUGGCGCUUACAUGGGAGUUCGUCGUUGUGUCUAGGAAAAAUGCUUGACUUUCUCGCCGAGAAAGAGAAUCACAGUAGAGCAGGCAUUGGCCCAUGAGUAUCUCGCGCCAUACCACGACCCAGGUGCGUGCCUUGGCAUGAUCUCGUACACAUGGGGAGGACUGAUGCAUCAAUUUCUUUUCAGAUGAUGAGCCUGGAGCGGACCCUUUGCCCAUGGAAAGCUUCAAAUUUGACCUUGAGCCUGUGAGUUGGCCAAAUGGCUUCUUUGUCCCUUUGUGAUUAUGUUGUUGAGAAUGGCACACUGCUGACUGCGCCGAUUGACCUACGUCCUCGAAGUCUCUUGCGACGAAAGACAAGUGAGUGGGGUCAUUGACGCCACAACCACCGUCCCAUUGACCACUUGCUGAUCUGCUGUGGUUCUUUGCUCGAACAGCUUGCGUGAUGCUAUAUGGCACGAAGUCACCACCUUCGUGGCAAGGACUUGA